CUGUGAACGGAAGGGAGGUCAGGACAGUUAAGCCGCUGUACCUGUUCUACAUCAGAGCAAAAAGCGCGUCUUUCCCGGGGAGAAGUCAAAUCCACAGACAGUGCCCCACCCAUUUGGAUUUUGCCGUUCGUUCCGUGUAUUGCAGGCUCCAGGGCUGCUGGGGAGGAGCGAGGCUCGUCUUUAUCAGUAAGACAGCGCCGCUGCUUGAGCGCUACACUGACCGUCUGCCGCGCGCAAUCACCGUUUGAUCGGGAUCCGCGCGGAGUCUCUCCGUUAUCUCGCCGCGCGCCACUGCAGCAGAAGGGCAAGAGUAACUCCUGAGAGGAUCACUUGUUUAAUCUCCGCUGACCCUUCCUGGGAGAAAAAAACACGGACUUAACUGACACCUGUCCUGGGAGAUACUUAGUCGAAGACCUUUUCGUGUACCUCAGAAGUUUUAACCGUCUGUACCGUUCAACGUUUGUAACCUUGGAACUCGUUGCUGCUGUUCGGUGAGGAUGGGACCGUUGCUUGUCUCCAUCGCCCUCUGCGUGCACCUCGCUGUCCCGCAUCUCGUCAAAGCAGCAGAUGGUGAGGAUCCGACUUCAGCAGGACCCUGCCAUCCAAACCCUUGUCACAAUGGAGGCACCUGUGAAAUCAGUGAAACAUUCAGGGGUGACACAUUCAUUGGAUACGUCUGCAAGUGCCCAUCAGGCUUCAACGGAAUCCACUGCCAACACAAUGUUAAUGAAUGUGAAAGAAGUCCCUGUAGAAAUGGGGGGAUCUGCACAGAUCUGGUUGCGAACUAUUCCUGUGAAUGCCCAGGGGAAUAUAUGGGAAGAAACUGCCAGUACAAAUGUUCCGGUCCACUGGGCAUGGAAGGUGGAAUCAUCUCCAACCAGCAGAUAACAGCCUCCUCCACUCACCGAGCUCUCUUCGGCCUCCAGAAAUGGUACCCCUACUUUGCCCGGCUGAAUAAGAAGGGUCUUGUGAACGCCUGGACUGCAGCCGAGAAUGACAGAUGGCCCUGGAUUCAGAUUAACCUACAGAGGAGGAUGCGGGUCACAGGAGUGAUAACCCAAGGAGCCAAGCGCAUCGGGAGCCCAGAAUAUGUUAAGUCGUACAAAGUGGCCUACAGCGAUGAUGGAAAGACCUGGAGGACGUACAAAGUCAAGGGCACGGAUGAAGAUAUAAUCUUCCGUGGGAAUAUUGAUAACAACACUCCGUUUGCCAACUCAUUCACCCCUCCUAUCGAGGCUCAGUAUGUGAGGAUCUACCCGCAGGUGUGCAGGAGACACUGCACUCUUCGCAUGGAGCUCCUGGGUUGUGAGCUCACGGGGUGUUCGGAGCCAAUGGGGAUGAAGUCUGGCCACAUUCAAGACUACCAAAUCACAGCCUCCAGCAUCUUCAGAACUCUUAACAUGGACAUGUUCACCUGGGAACCUGGAAAAGCAAGACUGGAUAAACAAGGCAAGGUCAAUGCCUGGACAUCUGGACACAGUGACCAGUCCCAGUGGCUGCAGGUUGACAUGCUUCGGCCAACAAAAAUCACAGGCGUUAUUACCCAGGGGGCUAAAGACUUUGGACAUGUUCAGUUUGUUGGCUCCUACAAGCUGGCUUACAGCAAUAACGGCGAGAGAUGGUUUAUAUAUCAAGACGAAAAACAGAAGAAAGACAGGGUCUUUCAAGGAAAUUUUGAUAACGACACCCACAGAAAGAAUGUGAUAGAUCCUCCCAUCUAUGCCAGAUUCAUCCGAAUUCUUCCGUGGUCAUGGUACGGAAGAAUCACUUUGCGCGCAGAGUUACUGGGAUGCACAGAGGAAGAGUGAAGACCCCUAUUCAUUUUCCCUUUGCAACACUUUGGUUCAUAUUCAAUAUAAACUCUGCUUGUAAAACAUGUACAAUUCAAAUUGGUUUCAUCUCAUCUGAAUUUUCCAUUUUUGUAAUAUUAAAAUUUGUUGUAUGCUUUAUUCCUAAAGAGGUAGAGUUUUGUCAUCACUCAUGACCUGCUUUUUUUGUCCUUUUAAUGUCUGUGCCAUUUAUAGAAAUCCCUUUUUUUUUUUUUUUUAGGCUAAUUAGAGAGUGGAGUUAUUUCACUGUGGUUUUCCGGGUGAAACAAAAGCCGCUAUACAGUGUCACUUUAAACAUAAACAUAAAAUGACAUGCAUUGCUUUUUGGGCCAUAAUGAAAUACAUAACAGAAAAUAUUAAUGUGUAAAAUGUCUUUCAACGUUUAAUUUUAAAAGCAGGCCUGACUGAAGUUAUAUCACAACUGACACUGACAUUGUUGUGUGGUCAAAAAAAAAAAAAUGAUGGUAUUGUAUUAUAUGUAAAACGCAAAAUAAAUGCAUGAUGCAAAAAAAAAAAAAAUGAAUAGAAGUAUAAGACAACAAGAUGUUUAAGUUCAAAUUAAAACAUUUCGUAGAUCAUUUUUAUCUAUCAUUACAAAUUUGUAUUAUCUGUUUUCCUCUACUUUUCUAAAGACACUGUUACAUGCCCAAUAACAUAAUGACAUGCCAUAAAUAAAAGCAGCUCUAAAGAACUGGAAGCACCUACAGUAUUACAGACAAAUCUUAUCUAAUUUCACACACAUAGACAACUGGUGGACAGCUAUGAAGCUAAAAGUACAUUCAACCACAGGUUAUUUAGGCAAUCUGUAACAACGACAGAGAUAUUUUUAAGAAAAUAAUGUCAUUGGAAAUGUAUUUCUUUAUAUUUUUUUUUCUUUUUUUUAUUAUUAUAGAUUUUUUUUAUGUAUACAAUAUUGUUUUACUUUCUAGAUGUCUCAGUUUUUCAGCCUAUUUACAUAUUGAUUAACUGUACUACUGUAUUUUAUUAUAUUUUAUUUUAUUUUUUCUUAGUUGUAAAAACCUCAGGAUAGAUGUCAUCUUUUAGUACUUACAGUUGUAUGAUUUAAAAAAAAAAAAAAACCUUUGGUGGAAUGCUAAGUCUCUUUGAAAUCCCACAUUUGUCUGUGCUUGUUAGAAAAUGUGAAGGAAUAUUAACACACGAAAAAUGUAUUAUAUGGUGGGAUUAUUCUCUUUUUCCCCUUUGUAUAUAAUGAAGACACCAAUAAAUAACAGCUUUCAUGUAUACAGAUGUUAGGUAAUCAUCAAAAUCAAUUAUUAAUUUCAGAGGUGAGCACCGUUGGGUUGUGAAAUGAAUCACUGCAUCAUUUUAUUUGCUACUUUUCUGGAAAUUGUCAGGGCUCAUGAUAUACAUGUAAUAUAUAAACACAACAACCCAUGAGAUGGGGGAGGAGUUUAACACUAUUUGUACAGCCUUGAAGAUGACAAAAAAAAAAAAAAAAAACUUAAAUUCAGCAUAGAUCACGCACCACAAUCAGCAUAUACAGUACAUCAUGUAUGGUACCAUAUUUUUUAACUAAAAGAUAAAUGUUGGCAUCAUGUUUCUAUGUUUAUCAUAAUUAUCGACAUGUAUUGAAAUAAUAUCAGUAAUUCUUGUCUAACAUUUCCCUGUGUCUGUGAAAUUCUUCUCUAACACUGUUCAAAUGACUUGUGUGCACACUUAACAGUUUUGUACAGACCUUUUGUGGGUGACUGUGUAUUAAGAAGAAGAAAAAAAUCGAAAUAUGAGGUCCACAGGCACAUUUUUUGAAAAAUAAAUAAGUAAUAAUAAUAAUGAAAACUAAAUAUGUAUAUUGGUGGGUCUGAUAGUCCAGCAUUUACAUUAGAUGUGCUAUGAAUAGUGAUCGUUUGAAAAGAAAAAAAUGUAUAGAGUUAAAUUCGAGAGACCCAGUGUGCCACAUACUAUUUUUGUUCUGCAUUUAUGCUGUCAGCUGUAUAUAAAAAAAAAGAACAAAAAAGUAAUGUUUUUUUUUUUUUUUUUUUUUCAUACUGUGUCAAGCAAGUGCUAUAUGGUAAAACAUACCAAUUAUACUCUUUUAGUUCAAGGGAAGUGUACAAAGGGGGACAGCCAUUGCUAACAUAUAGACAGCUCUUUUGUUUGACAAAUAAAAAGACAUCUGUGAAAAAU